UGUUUAAGUUGAGUACAAAUAAUGCAGCGGAGCCGACAGCCAGCGAGGAAUAGAGAAUGAAGAACUCUUGCUGCUCCUUCCCUUCUUCUCUGCCAACUAGUCAUCAGGUGGAUUUCGGCUACAAAUGGAGUUUCAGGUUUCCAAUCCAGAGAAUGGGCAGCUGCACGGCAGUUUCUGCUUCCCAGGGAAGGAGUAAUUUGGCCCAAGAAAAGAAUCAAGACGCUGCCAAAAAAGAGUUGCUGCCAGUUUCCGGAAAUGGUACUCUGGUUAAAGCUGAAAAAUUUGCGUCUGUUACUACUCCCUUGGUGACUGCUCUGAAAGCUUCAGCAGAGCAGAAUGUAGCCAGGUUCCACUUCCCAGGGCACAACAGCGGCCGUGGGGCUCCGAGUUCGUUGACUCGGCUGAUUGGUUCGCAACCAUUUGCUCAUGAUUUACCUGAGCUCCCGGAGCUGGACAGUCUAUUUGCUCCGAGUGGCCCCAUUUUAGAGGCACAACAGCAGGCUGCCAAAGUGUUUGGCGCAUCCGCGACAUGGUUCCUUGUUGGAGGUACAACGUGUGGAGUUCAAGCAGCAAUCAUGGCGACCUGUUCCCCUGGACAGUAUGUUAUCCUACCACGUAAUUCGCAUAUGUCAGCGACAUCUGCUAUGGUAUUGUCUGGAGCGGUGCCCAAGUACAUUGUUCCUGAAUAUGAUUCCACCUGGGAUAUCCCAGGUGGAGUCACCCCAGACCAGGUGGAGAAGACUAUUGAAGAGUUGGUAGUGACAGGCCAAAAACCAGGUGCAGUUUUCAUCACUUCCCCAACUUACCAUGGCAUAUGCAGCAACUUGACUGCAAUUUCCAGGGUCUGCCAUUCCUUCGGGGUUCCUCUUAUCGUCGACGAGGCUCAUGGAGCACACUUAGGUUUCCACCCUGAAAUGCCGAGUUCGGCUCUUCAGCAGGGUGCGGAUCUGGCUGUGCAGUCUACCCACAAGGUUUUAUGCUCUCUAACACAAUCAUCAAUGUUACAUGUGUCUGGAGACCUGGUUGACAGAGACCGAGUUAGCCAAUGCCUCCAAACGCUAGAAAGCUCAAGUCCCAGUUACUUGCUCCUAGCAUCUUUAGAUGCUGCCACAGCACAAAUUGGUGAAAACCCUCUGACCGUCUUUAACAGUGCAUUGUUUCUGGCCGGUGAAGCCAAGAGGUUGAUAAAACGGAUUCCAGGGAUCACAAUGCUUGACUCAUCAAGCUUUGUGAAUUUUCGGGACAUCGAUCCUUUGCGCCUUACUGUUGGUUUCUGGCAGCUUGGAUUAUCCGGCUUUGAGGCAGAUGAUUACUUGGACAGGAAUCACGGGAUUGUCGCUGAACUUGUAGGGACUUCAUCCUUAACAUUGGCCAUCAACCUAGGCACUCAAAUGGUGGAUGUACAGAGGUUAGUUUCAGGAUUGGAGGCAUUAUCGGCUGCACAUUCUUCGCGGAUUCUUGCUAAACCAGAGAGGGCUGCUUGUGGCAUUUUUACAGAAGUGAAUAUGAGCAUGAACCCAAGAGAUGCAUUUUUCGCAAAUAAGCAAAGAGUGGGCAUUGGAGAAAGCCUUGGCAAGGUCUGUGGAGAGCUUAUAUGUCCAUAUCCACCAGGGAUCCCGGUUUUGAUACCCGGCGAAACCAUUUCCAAGACAGCUUUGGAUUACCUGCUUGUUGUCAAAAGAAAUGGAGCCGUCAUCACUGGGGCUUCAGAUCCCUCACUCUCCUCAAUUGUUAUAUGUGAUCUGUAACCAACCGCC